UCUAUCACUGAUCUGCUGCCAGCUCACUGCACUGUCUGUCGUCUUUAUCCUCACCAUCAUCACGGUGGCUGUCGUCGUUACAGCUGGUGCAGUUACAUCAGCUCUGUGUGUGUGACAAUGUGGAAAGCGUUGCUGCUGAGUUGUGCGGCUGUGUCGUGCGCCUCUGCGUCGAGGAAAGAGUAUUUCUUCAGAAUAGAGGAGGUGUCUUGGAACUAUGCCCCAAGUGGGAUGAACAUCAUUCAUAACCGCACCCUGGACCAAGACGAAGAAGCCUCAGUUUUUUUAAAGCGAGGCCCACAGCGGAUUGGCUCCAUCUACAAGAAGGCUGUGUACAAGCAGUACAGUGACGCCACCUAUAGGUUAGAGGUGGCAAAGCCUGACUGGCUGGGCUACCUGGGCCCUCUGCUGAUGGCUGAGGAGGGAGACACGUUGAUCAUCCACCUGAGGAACAGCGCAUCCCGACCGUACAGCAUCCAUCCACAUGGACUGAACUACACCAAAGGCAAUGAGGGAGCGUUGUAUCCAGAUGGUACUGGUCCAGAACUGAAGCGUGAUGACUCAGUGGCUCCAGGUAGAUCAGUGACAUAUGAGUGGACGCUUCCUCAAGACCACAGCCCGACCUUGACGGACAGCAACUGCAUGACCAGGUUCUACCACUCCCAUCUUAUGACUCCCAAAGACAUCAACUCAGGACUCAUAGGACCCCUCAUUGUGUGUAAAAGAGGAACUCUGGACUUACACGGUGACAGGUAUGCAGACUAUGUGUACGCUCUGCUGUUCAUGGUGUCAGAUGAGAACUUCAGCUGGUACCUGGAUGAAAACAUCCGGACGCACAUCACAAACCCUGCCUCGCAGUUGAAGGAAGAUGAAGACUUCAUUGAAAGCAACAAGAUGCAUGGUAUAAAUGGUUUUCUGUAUGGUAACCUACCUGGACUGAGCAUGUGCCAAGGCAACAAAAUCAACUGGCAUAUGAUUGGUUUAGGGAAUGAGGUGGAUAUACAUUCUAUUCAUUUCCACGGCCAAAUCCUGACAACGCAGAACCACCACACAGACACAAUCAGUCUUUUCCCAGCCUCCAGCACUACGGCUGAAAUGGUCGCUGAUAAUCCCGGCAACUGGCUGCUGGAGUGCUCUGUCAAUGACCAUUUAAUGGGUGGAAUGCAGGCUAUAUUCGAGAUCAAGAAGUGUUUCCCCAACGUCCACAAGGCCCGGCCAUACGGGGAACUCAGAGAGUUCUUCAUCGCUGCUGAGGAAGAAGUGUGGGACUAUGCUCCUAUUCUGCCCACUGAUGGUGAGGCAGAAAAGUAUGUAACCAAAGGUCGAAACCGCAUCGGAAGCAGCUACAAGAAAGUCCGCUACGUGGAAUACACUGACAACACCUUCCUAACAAAGAUGCUACGCAGCACAGAGGAGAAGCACCUCGGAAUUCUGGGUCCUGUGCUGCGAGCUGAAGAGAAAGACACUAUUAAAGUGGUGUUUAAGAAUAAAGCCAGCCGGCCUUACUCCAUAACGCCGCAUGGUGUGCAGUACAGUAUAGAGCAGGAUGGGACUCUGUAUCACAAUGAAUUGGAAGAGUCUCAUACAGCAAAAAAACUGCGAGAGCUAAAGAGAGAACCAAGAGUAGUGACUCCUCCCCCAGCUGCUCUGGUCAGACCCGGGAUGGUGCACACCUAUGAAUGGAUGGUUCCAGUGGGCGCUGGUCCAGUGCAGGGGGAGGCCGACUGUCUCACCUACCUCUACUACUCUGGAGUGGAUGCUGUGAAAGACACCAACUCUGGACUGGCGGGACCGCUCCUCGUCUGUCGACAGGGGUCACUGAAGAAAGGAGUGCAGAAAAACUACGAUAAAGAGUUCCACCUCAUGGCCACAGUGUUUGACGAGAACCUGAGCUGGUAUCUGGACGACAACAUCCGCACCUUCACCACUGCUCCCACUACUGUUAACAAGGAGGACGAGGGCUUUAUAGAGAGCAACAGAAUGCAUGCAAUCAAUGGAUAUGUGUAUGGGAACCUCCCAGGCCUGAUCAUGUGCAAGGCGCAUAAAGUAUCGUGGCACCUGUCGGGACUUGGGUCAGAGACAGACAUCAACAGCCUUCACUUUGAGGGAAACCGCUUCAUCUUUCGGCAGAACAGACGUGACUCCAUCAGUGUUUUCCCUCACAUCUCUCACACUGUCAUUAUGGAGCCGGACAGCAUAGGAACUUUUGAAGUAGUGUCUCCUACAGUGAGCAAUUAUCGUGGUGGGAUGAGAGCCAACUACACAGUAGGGAAGUGCGGUUUCUUUAACCCACUGAGUGGCACCAUGUUGCGCUCAAAUACAGUUUACAUUGCUGCCAUGGAAACAGACUGGGACUAUGCUCCCAACCGCACCUGGGACAACGAGGUUUACCGUGGCCAUGAAAAUCCUGCCAGUGCCUUCCUAGACCAGGAUGGUGGAUUCAUAGGUGCCCGUUACAAGAAGGUGGUGUACCGACAGUUCACCAACGACAAGUUCACAACGCAAGUGGAGAGAGCGGCCGAUAUGGAACACCUUGGGAUUAUGGGUCCAAUGAUUCAUAGUCAUGUCGGAGAGAAAGUCAAGGUGGUUUUCAAGAACAUGGCAACCAGACCUUAUUCCAUCCAUGCCAGUGGAGUCAAAACAGACACGCCCAAUGUCUACGCCACCAAACCAGGUGAGACUCACACUUACUAUUGGCACAUCACAAAGAACACAGGCCCGACCUCAGAGCAGGAAGAAUGCUCGGUGUCAGCGUACUACUCUACUGUAGAUGUUGUCAAGGACCUGUACAGCGGGCUGAUCGGGCCGUUAGUGAUUUGUCGCAGUAGCUGGGCCAGGAGUUUUGGACUGAAGAAGGAAGUAGAGGAGUUGGCACUGUUGUUCCUUGUUUUUGACGAGAAUGAAAGCUGGUAUUUGGAUGAAAACAUCAGGACCCACAUCAGGAACCCUCGCGCAAACUUAAAGGAUGAGGAAUCCUUCAUAGAGAGCAACAAGAUGCACGCUAUUAAUGGUCGCAUGUAUGGUAAUGUCAAUGGUUUGAACAUUGAGGUGGGUGAUAAGGUGUACUGGUAUCUGAUUGCAAUGGGCAGUGAAGUGGACAUACACACUGUCCACUGGCAUGGACAUGUUGUGGAAUAUAAGCUGGGAGGAGGUGCUCACAGUACUGAUGUGUACGACUUGUUUCCAGCCACUUUCCAGACAGUGAAAAUGCGUCCUCAAUAUGCUGGUAAGUGGCUGGUCCACUGUCACGUCCACGAUCACAUUGAAGGUGGCAUGGAAGCAGUUUAUACUGUCAAUGAGAAACCAAAGAAGAAGGGGAUCUUUGGCUGAACAAUCCACAUUUACAUUAGAGUCCACUAACAGUAUGGUAACAACUUUUGAAUAGGGAGGUCAUUUUAUGGUAAUACCGUCCGGUAUGUAAUGUCAUUUUCAGCUCAGUAGAAACAGUAGCAAUGUGAUAUUCAUGAAUUUGAAAUUCAUCCUCCCUUAUGCCCUAAAUUAUUAUUUUAAUUAUAAUUAUUAUUGAAAUAAGAUGCUUUUCUACCAUAAUAUUACUUCGUUAUUCCAAAGAUAAUAUUCUUACUGGACUGGAAUAUAGAGUGUUACACCUAAGAAAACAGCAAAAACUAAUUCAGUGGCUUUACAUGAGUUUAUAAUUGUCUGACAUACAUUAUUUUGCACUAAAAGUGUAAUGAUGUUCUUUAAACCAUUAAAAACUGCUCUCCCCAUGUCAA